AUGCCGACCAAGCUGUUGCCACCGAGUUCAGACGUCGAUAUUCUCGAGCCCCUUGGCUUGCCAUUGCGGGGGUUCCAGACAAACGAUGCUACUCCCACAACGGCCCCGACUUCCCUCCCCACUCCCAGCUCUAAGCGAUUGCAGCACGUCCAUGUGUUCCCAGAUCAACAAUGGUUGCUUCCGUCUGACGCUGAGCACGUCGUUGAGGCACCAGGUGCUCCGCUCAUGAGAGACUAUGAUAGUUUCACUGAGGGCACGGCUAAGGGGAGCUUUGACUCGAUCCCCAUAGAAGCCACGGAUCAAUACGGCGAGCAGCUCCUCGUCCUUGAUCAUGAGACCGUAGGCACUCUUCCUAUCGAUAUCGGGGCGCGCUCGACUAUCGAAAGAUGGCGAGAUGUCGUUUCCCAGAGUAUGGAUGAUCCUCCAGCUCAGCACCACAUGCCUCCUUCCGCAGUGAUCGGCUUUGACGACGAAGACUUCCUUGUCACCCCAACUAAGCGCCCACAUUCAAUAACGUCGGAAGACGAUGAGGAUGUUCCAUCAGGCGAUGACAAUCAGAACUGCAUACUCGUGUUCGUUUCGGUCUUAAUCAAGGCUUUGGACAAUGUAUCUUCGUUCUAUGUUUACAUGUGGACUACCCUAGCUUCCACCCCCACUCUAUUUGCGGAGUAG